AUGUCGUCAAUUACUAUCACUACUGAAAAUUUACCUACAACAAAUGGUUUAUCUCUAUCUUCAAACAAUAAAUUGAAUGAACUUUAUUCAGGCUAUGAAAAUCAUUUAUCAUCUUGUUCGUCGUCUCCUAAUUCAACAUGUUCACCAACAAUGAAUUUUCCCGAAGCUCAAACAUCAAUAUCGAAAGAAUCAAAUGUAAAACUUCCAUAUCCAGUUUUAUCUGAUCGUCGUGAUUCAUCAUCUAUACUUUCUCUUUUACAAAAAGAAACACAAGCAACAUCAAAAAAAAUUCUUGAUGUUACACAAUUAAUUGAAACUUAUGAAAAAAAUUUAACAUCAAAUCGUCUUUCCGAAAGUGAUAGAAAAUCAUUUAAAUAUGAACGUGAUCAACGUAAACAACAAUUAGAUGCUUUGAAAAAACAUGAACGUCGUGUUAAUUUACAAAUUGAUUAUAUAACAACAAAAACCGAAAUUCGAGGUUUAGAAGAUGAACAAAAACAAAAUUCAGAUAAAAAUAAACAAAUUGAAAUUUUAUUAAGAAAAUUAAAACAAAAAUUAGAUCAAAUGAAAAUUUAUAUGAAAAAAAGAAAUGAAGAAAUGAAAAAAAUUCAUGAGAAAAAAGAAAAAUCAUCGACAUCCAAUGAUAACCGAAAACAAUUAUUAUCUGAUCAAAAAAUACAACAGCGAUCAAGUUCAUCGGAUUUAACUCGAAAACGUCCAUUACCGUUUACAAAUAAACAACUCAAAUCAACAACACAUAAUCAUGCUAAACCACCGGUUGUUCGUCUAGCAUCACGUUCUUCGAAUCAACAAACAAAAUCUCAACCACCACCACUUCAAACACCAACAGUAAGAUUUCUAAAGAAGACAACAGAUUCUACAAUGUCAACAACUAAUUCUGCAUCACCGACUACACCAGCAUCAUCUUCAUCAACUUUAUCUCCUCCUUUGAUUGCAAGUACAAGUGCUGAAGAUGCGAAUAUUAUUUCGAAACAGGAAAUUUUCUUCCAGAAUACAAUUCCAUCGAUUGAUGAAGAUGAUGAAUUUGAUGUUCAGUUUGAUAUAGAAGAAUUAUUUGAUGAUGAUCCAUAUUCGGAAAAAUCCAUAAAAAGAUUUAAAUCCGACAAACAAGACUAUAAACCAACAACAGAAUCUUAA